UGUAUAAAGGUGGUUUUUGUGCAGAUUGCUUCAACAAGAAAAGAAAAGAAGAACCUGUCUUAUUGUUUUCUUGUGGUGUUCUCACCAUCCAUGUGCAGGAGAUAUGGCAUUUGCGUUACUAAAACUGUCUUUCCAGAUUUUGAUGUUUUUUAGGAUAUUGUGGCUUACCUCUUGUACGACAGAUUGCUUCUGCUACACAUUUAAUACACAGAGAUUAAGAUGGAGAGAGGGCCGAGGUGAGUGCAGAAAAGAUGGAGGUGACUUGGUAACCAUGGAAACAGAAGAGAAGUGGAAAUUCAUUAACUCAAAGAUUCAAGAGAUCAAUAAGUAUCAUAAUGAAUGGUACAUUGGCCUGAAAAAGGAAGGAAGAGAUUGGAAAUGGGUGAACGACCAAAUACUAUCAAUAAACAAGUGGCAAAGAAAUGAGCCAAAUGGUUAUGAUGAGGAAUGUGUGGCGAUGGCUAAAGACUUUCCACGCGGAAAACAAGGACUGUUUAAAGACGUUAAUUGUCCCAUUCCUUUUAUGUUUAUAUGUGAGUACAGGAAAGGGAAUCCAAGAUGCAAGGACGGUUAUUAUCCACCUCGAUGUAACGAAACAAAUCUGGGAACAACUACUGUAGAACCUACUAAACAAUUGGGAGCCACACCUACAAAAGCUACACAAUUGGGAGCGACAGUCACUCACAAAACACGGACAACAAUAUCUACGCCAAAUAAUAAAAGAAACUUGGCUGGUUCGUCGAUACCCACGUAUGAAUACAUGACAAAUAGUAUCAAGAAUAGGUCAAAGCCAUUUCCAAUCCUCACACUUGUGGUAGUUGUUGUGGGAAUUCUAUUGGCUAGUUUUACUUGCUUGUUUCUUGUUACAUGCUUUUGGAAAAGGAAAACAGAAACCUCUGAACUUGAAGGAGUUAAUCGAAGACAACCAUCAGAGAAGGCGGGAAUCACAUCUAUAGAUCUCAAUGAAGUGAGAGGUUCUUCCAUGCUCAACGAGCAAAUAACCGAGACCGAUGCCGUUAUAUAUGCUGAUAUAAAAGAUGACCAUGCACGUUUUGAAAAUCCUGAAACAACCACCUAUGCUGAGAUACACGAUUACAUGUCACCAUGUACUCUCCCUGUACCAGCAUAUCCUGGACCAUAUGAAGCUACUGAAAAAUACGAGGGGCMAGUAUGUCAAUCCGUUGAUAACAAAGACACUGGAGAAGAUGAUGUUGAUGAUACACAGUAUGAAAAUGCUCCCAAUAGUGCUACCCAGCAGCCAGUAGAUGGUGGUUCUAAAAUAGACCCAGAUGAACAGCUAACCGUAACUAAUGCUAUCUAUGCCACGGUGGACAAGUCCAAGAAACAAAAAAUAGCGAAUAAACAAGUGGAGUUCGACCCUGUGUACACACAGGUUGACAAAAGUGCAAAAACCAAGAUCAACUUCUCCACCUAACUUCACUGCAGUAUGCAAUACCAACCAGCAAUCUACUAAUUUAUGAUCUACUUAUUUGAUAUCGAUUAAAAACCUGUUAUGUCAUUGAUUUAUAUAUAGUAAACAUAUAAAGUGAUUCUUCUUAACGUUUCUGGU